AGUAAGUCAGCACAGGUAGGCCAUUAAUCAAUAAUCACAGCGACGGAAGCAGCUUUGGUAGAGAUUUCCCAAAAGGGCCAUAAAAAGGAUUGAAUGAACGUGCCUGGACUGUCGUCUGGGUUCAUAGGCUUUUGUAGAGAUCAAAAAAGGCCGCCAAUGUAUAUGCUACAACCACAGGCGGUUCAGAUUCGAUGAAAUUUUGGCACCAAUCACAGCAACGGAAGCAGCUUUCAUUUGCCCAAGUUUUUCAGCCCAAAAAAGUAGUCAAAAAGAAAAAAAGAACCGAAUUUGCUGCUUGUCAACCUUUUUAUACAACAAACUUGUAAAACUCUUCAUUGGAUAGGCUUUUUUAGGGGAAUUCCUUGGUCUGAUCCCUCAGAGAGAGAGGGAAAUGGCGUCGUGGAACUCAAUUCCGCUGGAAAUCACGUACGAGGUUCUGGGAUGGACAGCUUUCCUCUCAUGGUCCAUCAGUUUCUACCCGCAAGUGAUUUUGAAUUUCCAUAGGAAAAGUGUGGUGGGGCUGAACUUGGAUUUCGUACUGCUGAAUUUGACGAAGCACUCGUCGUAUCUGAUAUACAAUGCGUCCCUCUACUUCAGCUCCGCUAUUCAGAAGCAGUACUACGAGAAAUACGGCUAUGGAGAGAUGAUACCUGUAGCUGCAAACGAUGUUGCUUUCUCUAUCCAUGCUGUUCUUUUGACAGCAAUUACCCUGUUCCAGAUCGUAAUCUAUGACCGCGGAAGUCAGAAGGUUUCCAAGACAGCUAUUGCGAUUGUCUCUGCUGUGUGGUUAUUUGCUGCUGCUUGUUUUUUCAUAGCCUUGCCAAACCAUUCUUGGCUUUGGCUUAUUUCCAUCUUUAACUCAAUUCAAGUUUUCAUGACUGUCAUCAAAUAUAUUCCCCAGGCGGUUAUGAACUUUACGAGAAAGAGCACAGAUGGAUUCAGCAUUGGCAACAUUUUACUCGAUUUUUCUGGAGGGUUAACAAAUUAUGCACAGAUGGUUGUGCAAUCUAUAGAUCAAGGUUCUUGGGUAAACUUUUAUGGAAACAUAGGGAAGACGUUACUAUCUCUGGUGUCUAUAUUCUUUGACAUUAUUUUCAUGUGUCAACAUUAUGUGCUGUAUCCUGGCAAGAAAGCUCAAGUCUCUCCUAAACUCAUCGAGGAAAACAGAGAGCCACUUAUUAAGCCUUCUGAUCACCCAGAAUCAGAAAAUGUGUAAAAAUCUCCGCUCAGCUCAUAAUGUAAAACGUCAGUUAAGCCUUAUGGUUAUUUUACACACAAACAAAUGAAAGGCAGUCAAUUGUCGACAGAAACUCGUAAUAUUAUUUGAAAAUUAGUCAAGCUUUGUUGUAAUUUACGUUUA